UGCGCACAAACAGUGAAGGAUGGCGUCAUCGAAAGUGAGCUUGAAGUUGUUGAUCGACACAAAAGAAGAAAGAGUUCUCUUUGCCGAAGCUUCAAAAGAGUUCAUCGACUUUCUAUUCAGCUUGCUUCGCUUACCCCUUGCUACAGUGACCAGGCUGCUAACCAAAAAUGCCAUGGUUGGCUCCUUAGGCAAACUCUACGAAAGCGCAGAAAAUCUGAGCGACGUUUAUCUCAACAACCCAGAACAAGACAGGAACACUUUGCUGAAGCCAAGUGCUCCAUUAGAUCCUGGCUACCUUCUGCCUGCUGCAAAUGAUGAUGAUCGUCAUGAUACCAAUUCCUCAGGAACUACUCCAAAUCUCUACAUGUGUGGGAGCCGUUGCAAUUAUGCGGUGACUUAUGUUAAGGACACGAAGUGUCCACAUUGUUCAUGGGGCGUGAUGAGGGAUGCUGUACAAUUAGUAGGUAAUGAUACGAAGGCGACAGAAGUGAAAGAUUCAAGUGCGAAAGGCUUUGUGAAAGGAGUGGUCACUUACACUGUGAUGGAUGAUCUCGAAGUUCGUCCCAUGUCUACCAUUUCAACCAUCACUUUGAUCUCCAAGUUCAAAGUCAACGACAUUUCUUCCUUACAAGAAAGGGUUGUUGAGUUGGGAAUGGAAGAGGGUAUUAAAUUGCUGAAGGCUUCCCUGCAGUGCAAGAAUGUUUUGACAAGUGUUUUUCUCCAAAAAGACGACAUAAAAAAGCAAGGAAUUUCUCAAGACAUUGUAAUGGAAAGUGAGACUUGCUAGGUUCCUUUUGUUUCUGUGUUUCAUCGGUCUUCGUUUCUUUUCCUCUUUUUUGGUGGGUGACAUCUAUUUCAGUCUACUUUUGUACUAUUUUUGUUUGUUUUGCCUGAUACUUUUGUACUGUUAUGAACUUCUGGGAUGUUUUAUUUUUAUGGUUAAUCAGGCUGGUGAAAUUAAUUACUGUUGCCAAA